AUGAAGAUCUUCAACGAGUUCGAGUUUGCAGCACAGGUGAAUAAGAGAUAUAUUGAAGAGGUCUCUUCUUGUAAUGUCUUCAUUUUGAAGGGAAAUGUUCUUUCUACGCCGGCAACCAAUGGAACUAUUCUCAAAGGAAUCACACGAAAUAGCAUAAUAGAAAUUGCACCUGAUCUUGGUUACCAGGUUGAAGAACGUCCAAUUCCAGUCGAAGAAUUACUUGAUGCUGAAGAAGUUUUCUGCACAGGAACUGCUGUUGGUGUUGCUCCUGUAGGAAGUAUUACAUACAAGGGUAACAGGAUUGAGUAUAAGAUGAGCAAUCAACUUGUGUGUUUGCAACUGUAUUCAAGACUUAUGGGGAUCCAAAGAGGCAGUAUCGAGGAUAAGAGGGGAUGGAUUGUUGAGAUUGAUUAAAUUCAUAAUCCUUCUACAUUUGUAAAUUUGUGAUAGUUGUAUGUUCAUUAAUGCUUAAAUUUAUAAGCCUCCAUUAAUAAAUAAUUUGUAAAUUUUAAAUAUUAAUUUCAAUUACAUAAUCCUAACUACUAAUAAUAA